AUGUCCCAUUUGUUAUACGAUACAACCCAUUUCAACCACCUGCGCAACGAAACACGUGGGACGUUUAUAUGUGUGAAGCCCAGUGAAACGUUAAUGGGUUAUAUGUUGUCUCCACGAAAUUUUGUGAGUGAACAGCGUUUUCAAAUUCGCCUGUCUCGAGAGGUAGAGUUUCAAAGAGGCAAAAAAUUUACUGUUGCGAAAAAGGACACCAAAACUACACUCAAUGUGAUUUGCACUGAAACAGGGAAAAUUGAAAAAGACAAAGAUAACCAAAUUAUGAAAGGCAAUGUCUUUGGACUCGUUCAAGCAUUUUGUAAUGACGAGAAAAAUGGUUCCAUGAAGGCUUUUGUGUGGACAUACACUGGGUAUUGCACGACGGAGGAGAUGUUACGGAGUAUGUUUCUCAACCACGACGUAGCAUGUAACGAUGACAACAAGAAAAGUUUAUUAGUACGAGCUCGAGUAGUUAGUGCGCUUAAGUAUUGGAUUGAAAAUAUAUGGAACGUGAUAAAAUCAAACGAGAAAAAUGUCGAUGACAUCAUGUAUGAAUUUUUGAAAAGAUUGAAGAAUUAUGGGAUGACUAGAGAACACGAUUUGAUACGUUCAUGUUACCAACGAGUUAUGGACGGAGUCGAAGUUGAGUACUUCAAAACACAACGAAACAUAGAGUUUUCAAUUCCAAUGUUUUCGGAUAUAGUCGGGCACUCGAUUGAAACAAGCGUAUUCAAUUUAUUACAUCCACUUGAAUAUGCAAGACAAGUCACUUUGAUCACAUCGGAUAUGUUCAGACGAAUCAAAUUGUAUGAAAUGUUGAUGUGGUCGAAUAGUGAAAAGGAGUCUUGUCAGAACAUUAUGUCGAUUCAAAAAUUCUUUAAUGGACUACAGAACCACUUUACUCGAAUGUUAUUGUCGGAGAGUCGUGUUGAAAAACGAAUCAAAAUAGUCGAGCGAUUGAUGCAAAUAGCGAAUUACUGUUACACCUAUCACAACUUUGACACUGUUUUGUGUAUCAUGCUUUUAUUUGGUACGUCUGCAAUUCAUCGAUUGAAGAGAACGUUCGAAGGACUCAACCAAGAGACACAAGACAUCAUGAAAAAAUUGAAACCAUUAACUCUUCCUGAUAAUAACAAAGAAGUUCUGCGUGCUGAGACUAACAAAGUCAUUGGAAACCCAAUGGUCCCAUAUAUCGGUCUAAUUUUGAGUGACUUGACCUUCACAAACUUUGGGAACAAAACAAAGGAGGGGGACUUAAUUAACUUUGCGAAGUGCAGACAAAUCUCGAAAAUACUCGAACAAGUUGUUUUCAUGCACCAACAAACAUACUCCCAACUCAUAGUUAGUGAUAUUAAUAUUCGAGCGAUGAUACUUUCGGACGCUGCGCUUGAGUUGACGAUGUCGGACAAAGAGUCGUACGAACUCUCCCAGAGGACUGAACCAAAAGUGUACUCUCUCAUUCCCCCAGAGAAGUCAGUGAACCGGUAUACCCUGCACUUCCCUGGCAAAAGACUCAAAACAGUUUCAGUCUCAAAUACGUCGAGUACACUCCUUCAAGUGUUUUAUGACGCACUUGGGGUCGAUGUGUCAAAGCAUCAGAUAUACAUCUUCUACACUGGACAGAGUAUAAACGAAUCAAUCAGUCCGAAUAACCCCGUGAAUCGAAUUAAAAUAGUCGAAAGAGAUACUGAAGUUGUUGUGUGUGCUCUUCAAAAGGUGAUGUAUGUCAACAUUGUCUUGGAGUACAAUAAGGUCCUAUGUCAAACAACAAUUCCGUUGGACCCAACCCUUCCAUUGGAGUAUUUAAACCCGAUUCUACAAACGUACACAUCGACGGCGUCAUAUCCAAUUUUGCUGAAGUCGAAUCGAGUGUGCGGGUGUAUGUUACCUUCGUUGUCUCUUGAAGAGAUUGAAUGGAGUGAUGGCGACACCAUCUUUCUGAUACCAAUCCGCGAGCUUAAAAAUGGACUUGGGGAGCUCGAUUAUGAUUCGUUGCGGUUCAAAUCGUCGCGCUUCUUCUCGACGUUCACUGGGACGUUUGAUGGGAAAAGGGCGGAUGUAGUCAUAGUAGAUGUCAUGGUUCUUGUGUAUAUAACGGAGACCCUUCAUUCUGUCUUUCCGAUCGAGACCAUGAGUCUCCGAUAUGAUCCGUGGGGUGGGACUAUUGAGUUUUCAUUUUUGGGAAAAGAGAACAUUGAGGUUUAUCAGAAUGUUGUGAUUGAAAUGGAGAACCACACGGUGCGAGAGUUAAUGAAACGGAUUUGUCAAAUCAGUAAAAAGCAGAGGAAGGUCCGAUUGAUUGGGACGAAUCGGUUUUAUGUUGAAAGUGACACAACGGGCAUUCCCGUCCGCCUUGAGAAACUUAUUAAUGUGAUGUACCUCUCCAAAGAAUUCACCCGAAUGGACUUCUUCGAUUUUGAUAGAAAGGACAUUUUGGGCAAUUUGAAACAGUUUGAGGAGGACGGAAUCAUUGAACCAAAAGACACUGCUGGGAUAUUUGUGUGUUAUAUCAAGAGCUUGGGAGAACCUUUAAUAUCAUCUGACCACACGAAGCACUUUAUUUCGUUUGACUUUUUGGACAGAGAAGACCGGAUAGAGUUACUUAAGAGAGCGUUCCAUGAAUUGACUGAGACGAUUCGACCAAUUUCAGUGUUAGUUGUUAAGGUCUUGUCCCUGUUUUUCUCGUUCACGAAAAAUCCUGCACCACAGGGUUUCUCCGACUUGUUGUUUGACAAUUUGCCUGAUAAAGGAUUGGCAGAGAGAAUUCUGACGUAUUUAGUACUGAACGCGGAAAGCAUUUUACCAACAAUGAAGACGGAAGAAAAUCACUUAUACACGCCGUUUUUGCCAUCAGUUGACUUCCUCCCCAAUUCGACGAUCUUGCAAAUCAACUCGGGGAUUGCCAUUUCAAAUGAACCGUCGAAUGCUAACGACUUGAUAUACAAAAAGAACUCGAAGAUAUCGCCAAGAAUCACACAAGACCUUGCACGUUCAUUUAUUGAAACCCCAAGAAGACACGCCCCAAAAAGAAACCUCGGACGAACGGACUCGAUGUUCAUGACGAAUAGCCAGAAACAAUCUCAACUCACGAUGGCCACUCUGAGUGACUCUGAAUACCCAAUGUCUAGUUUAAGUACGAACAUUAAUAACUCAUUCACAGGUCGGACCAGUAAAAACACACACAAAAUAAUGCCAUCGCCAACACAAUCGAGACUUGCGUCUUCACAAUUAAUUAAAUCGCCUCCAGUCAACACACCAAGCAGUAGAGAAGAACAAAGUGAAAGCCCUUUUAAUGAAGAAAGUAAGUUACAAGUUUUGGAGUCGAAGAAAUUUGAGAGUAAACGAGUGCUACAAAUCAGGCAGAGGUUUGAGUCUCGGUCGGGGCAGAGCACGCCGAAAAGUGAACGGUCAUCGCCGAGGAAUGUAGAGGACUCGAAGGAAAAGCGUAACACUUUUCAAGAGGCGCUGAACUUCUUUCAAAAACCAUAA